AUCGCGUCGCACGCACGACGCGCGUUCUAUUUUUAAAUUUCAAACAAAUCAAAAAUCGUUGUAUCAUUUUAGCCGGCCAGUAUUUUGUAUUAAUAUUUAUUCAUUAUAGUGUUUCUACCGUGUUUGAAUUAAGAACAUAGUAGUUUUUUUUACACAAUAGUAGUUUUUUGGAAAGCUACCUUGUAUUUCCUUAUGCGUACGUGUUUCGCGCCAAUAUCUCAAUAGUGACAAUGAGUUUGGUUGAAGACUUGAUCGACGAGGUAGAAAAGAGACCAAUGCUUUGGAAUAAGUACCACGACGAUCACCCAAAUCGAACGGCAGUGGACAGGGAGUGGAGCCUUGUUGCGAAAGUUUUACACACCGAGAAGUACAAAGUGAAGAGCAAAUGGCGAAACCUCCGAGACCAGUUCUUGAGAGAGGCAAAGAAACUGGACAUUCCAUCGUCAGGCACCAAUGGCAAACCUCUCAUCUCAUUCUACGGCGGCAAAUGGAUGUACUUCGAGAGGCUUCUAUUCAUGAAAGUGAUAAUAGAUGACCACGUCAGAAAGAAGAUUUAUACAAACACAGAAGACACUACGCUGGACGGUCCAGAGCAGAUAAAGUUAGAAGAAAUCAGUGUGAGUGAUAAUUCUUUAUCACCUGAAUAUUACAAUGAUUACAUAGAUACGUAUCCACAUAUAUACGGAACACAACGCGAAGAAGUUAAAAUAGAUCCUGCAAAUCAAGCAGAAUUAGCUGUAAGUUCGAGAGGGAAAAUUGUCGCUAAAAAGAGAAGACUAUCAAAUGUAGAAGACGAUAGAGAAGAAGUAAAUCUUGAUGAUGAUAUGCACUUUGUUAAAUCAUUAGUGCCUUUUAUGAAGAAGCUAAAUCCAGUUAGGAAGUUAAUAAUAAGGAGUGAAAUACAAAACUUGCUGUUGAGAGAAUUGACACUUGAAAAUAAGUAACAAUGCCUUUGGACAAUUUACACAGCGCCAUCUGGGCCCAAGUUAAGCAAAGAUUCUCAUUACAAUGAUUAUAUAGAUACGUAUCCACAUAUAUACGAAACAGAACGCGAAGAUGUGAAAAUAGAACCUGCUAUCCAAUCUGAAUUAGCUAUAAGUUCGAGACGGAAAAUUAUAGCUAAAA